AUGCGAAUUCCCCUAACUGCUGCGGUCCCCCUGCCGCCCUUGGCUUCGCGGCGCCCCGAGCGCCCGCCCGCUCCCCGGCGCUCUCCUGCCGACGGCGAUGGGGCUGAGAGGCAGCGAACGCUCCUCACGCGUGGUCUGGCCAGCUCCUUCGGCAGGCAACGGGAGUCAGGAGCGGUGACCAGCCGCCUCAUCCAGAGCAAGAUGAAGUUGAAAGCGCUAUACAGGUGCCAGCCAGGUUGGCUCUGGACCUUCUUCAGCCUCCUCAUCCUCCUCUUGUUUACACUUCAAGUUGUGGAGAAGCUGCAGCCUUCCAAAAGCUGUCGGUGUGAGCUGGAACGUGCCCUGCAGCAGACCACAGACCAGAGCCAGCUCACCCAUGCCCUCCAGACCCUCCCUGAGCUGGUGUGGGAGGAUGACUACCCACGCUGGCAGAGGAAAGCCAUGCCAGAGCCCGCUUCCACUGAGAGUCUGCAAGACGUUUUUCAGAUGCAGCUGUACUUCAGCCAGAAGACCCCACUGGAAAGCCCAGGCAGCCAGGAGGAGCACUGGACAUGGCAGCCUGCAGAGAGCAGCAAGAAGGUGAAAGUCCAACCCACAGUGCUGAAAUCCCAGCUGCUUGGCCUAGGGAAAGCAACCAGGGAGGGUCCUUCUACAAGUCUCCCUGGGAAGAUCUCCACAGUCUGGGGAGACAAUGGUGCUGCCACCAGCAAGUUCAUAAUCUUUGCAAACAGGAUGACCACAGAGGAGCAGAGGAGAACAUCGCUGCCAGAACUGACACAGGCGACGGUAGAGAGCCAGUCCCAGCCUCAAGCCAGCGGUUCCCCCUACCAUCAGUGGGGAAGCUCACCUAAGCACGCUGUGCCAAGUUCAGCCCAGCUUCCACAGGCAGAGGACUUUCACCGGACAGACCCGGAGAGAGGAUUUUUCCCAGGCUGGACGGAAGUCUCUAAGGUUGAGGAGAUGACCCUUGGAGAAGAGCAGCAGGCCAGAGGGGUCUCCUCUCAAGAGGAGACAUGCGAGCCCAAGACCGACGUAGUGUUUCUGAAAGUCCACAAGAGCGCCAGCAGCACCGUCAUGAACAUCCUCUUCCGCUUUGGGGAGACACACAACCUCACCUUUGCCUUCCCCGUGGGAGGGGGCAACCAGCUCUUCUACCCACGGCACUUCUUGGCGAGGUUCGUGCAGGGCUUCUCCCCCCGGAGGCCUCGGCGCUUCAACAUCCUCUGCCACCACAUGCGCUUCCUGCAGCCAGAGGUGCAGAAAGUGGUGUCCCACUCAGCUGUCUACUUCUCCAUCCUGAGGAACCCUGUGCAGCUCAUGGAGUCCUCCUUUGUGUACUACAAGGGCGCAUCAGCUUUCUCCCGUGCUCACAGCCUGGAGGAGUUCCUCAGGCACCCCUACCUUUACUACAAUCCCGCAAGCAAGGACAGUCACUAUGCCAGGAACCUCAUGACAUUUGACUUUGGCUUCAACCCCAAUGGAGAGGUCUCUGCUAAGCGGGUCCAGCUCAUGCUGGAGGCCAUCGAGGCCUCCUUUGACUUGCUCCUCAUCUCCGAGUACUUUGACGAGUCCAUGGUGCUGCUGAAGGAGAUGCUGUGCUGGGACCUGGACAGCGUCAUCUACUUCCCACUCAACAGCAGAGACAGCAGCACCAAAUCUCCCCUCCCAGACACCAUUGUGGAGAAGAUAAAGAACUGGAACAGGCUGGACUGGGAAAUCUACACCCACUUCAACAGGACCUUCUGGGAAAGGAUCGACCGAGACAUAGGCAGGGAGCGCAUGCAGCAGGAGGUGAAGGCGCUUCGGGCCAGGCAGGCGGAGCUGGCGAGGACCUGCCUGCAAGGCAGGGGCAGCGUGGCCCCAAAGGACAUCAAGGACUCUUCCCUGCGGCCCCUGCAGCAUGGCAACGCCAAGAUCUUGGGCUACAACCUCAAGCAGGGCUUGGACGCGGAGACGGAGCGCGUGUGCCGGCGGCUCGUGACCCCGGAGCUGCAGUACAGCAGUGCUCUCUACAAGAGGCAGUUUCCCCCAAAGCAUCCCCAGAGCCACCAGCCCCCUCCCUCUCAGCAGGGCAAUGCCCGGUGGCACAGGCUGGAGGGGUCCCAAAACUGA